ACUCACAGAUAAAAACUACUCGUUAGUUUAUCUGUCAUGGCUGCGCUCUGAGUAAAACGUGAAAAUAAACAGUAUGCUGAUACUAGAGUCACUGAAAUAUGUUGGCAUUUAGCAGGAAAUCUGAGAAAUAAGUUAGUAUAAUAAUUGCAAAUGGCUUUACGUGUAAGCGUAUUGAUUUUCCGGAGGUCUGUACGUUUUCCGAGGGUCGCUAACGUUUUGGUGCCUAAGGGAUAUGUAUCUCCUUUUGUCAGAACGGGAUGUGCUGCAGGUCGUCCAGGGACCAGUUAUGGACAGGGUUUUCGCUACAUCUCUGCCUGUUUUAUUUCAUCAGAUGCGUUUUUGAGUAAAAUGGUGAAAAGCAACAAAGUGGCGGUGACAGAUGAGUGUCUUUAUCGCUAUCCAACCUCACUUCCUUAUCACAGCGUGGGGCAAAUGUCAUUGCAUGUGAAGGAUGCAGAUCAACCAGAAAACACAAAGCUUUUAAAAGUGGCCAUCAUUGGUGCCCCAAAUGCUGGGAAGUCCACACUGUCCAACUCACUGCUUGGUAGAAAGGUGUUCGCUGUUUCCAAGAAAGUUCACACUACACGUUCCCGUACCCUUGGAGUUCUUACUGAAGAUGACACACAAAUUAUUUUACUGGACACUCCUGGUCUCACUACACCUUCAAAAGUCAAGAGGCAUCAGCUGGAAAAGUCUUUCCUUGAGGAUCCCUGGAACACAGUCAAGGAAGCUGACCUUGUGGUUGUAAUGGUGGAUGUGUCAGACAAGUGGGCAUGCAGAAAGCUAGACUUUGAGGUCCUGAAAUGCCUGACCCAUUACUCAGAUGUCCCAGCAGUCCUAGUUCUAAAUAAGGUUGACCUUCUGAAGAGCAAGAGCCGGUUGUUGGAGAUCACGGCAGACCUGACGUGUGGAGUUGUGAACGGGCGGAAGCUGCAGCUCAGAAGAGUGAUCAAGCCCCCCUGGGCUGAGAGGAGGGCAGACAGGGAGGUUAGGACAUCAGGACCCAGAGAGGAGAACGAGCCACACGGUGUGGUGGAUUCUGGUGAGAGCAGUGAGGCCCAGGGAGGGCUGCGUGGUGACCAGCUGAGGACUCUGAAGAACCAACAGGGCUGGGCUUGUUUCAAAGAUGUCUUCAUGCUCUCUGCUGUGGACAGGGAGGAUGUGGAGACACUGAAGAGAUACUUUGUUGUGUCGGCAAAGCUUGGGUCUUGGGAGUACCACAGUGGUGUUCUGACUGACCAGACUCCCGAGGAACUCUGCCUCAGCACGGUCAGAGAAAAGCUUCUGGAAUAUCUACCCAAAGAAGUGCCCUACACAAUGACACAGUCCAUUGACUUGUGGCACGACAGGGAGAAUGGAGAGCUGGAUAUAGCAGUAAAACUGUAUGUGAAAAAAGAAGGACACAUGAAAAUGGUGAUUGGCCAGGCUGGGCAGAUGGUUGCGAGGAUAGCCAGGGAGGCUGGAGAAGACCUGAGCAGUGUGUUCCUCAGGGAGGUGAAACUAAGGCUUUCAGUGAAAGUGAAAAACUGAAGAGGUUCAUGAGAAACUGAGUGUUAUGUUAAUUGAGUAAACAUAGUAUGUAGGCCUACUGAGUCUGAAAUAUACACAUUUGUGGAUUCUAUUUAGAUUAUAUUCAAUAAAAGACUUGUUUCUACUGCUCAAUUGUGGGCAUAACUUUAGCUAAACUAUGCUGCUUUUGAGAGUUCAUGAUAAGUCAACUGCUAAGAUAACUACCAAUAAUGGAAACACAGAAACAGCUUCCUUUCACUUGGUCCUUUUUUUAUAUUUCUUUUUUUCAAGGUUCAUGAUACUGUAAUCUUGCAUGAGAGUGGCUCUUAAGUAAAUGCUGGAUUGCAGAUUCAGCUUGUAACAUUGUGACCUCACAUCUCUGUUAUUCAAACGGCUGUAUUUUGGCAUGUGUAGAAUGUAUGUGUGUGCAGUGAGGGUUGGUCAAGACAGACUGUGAAAAGCUACUUUUAUCUUUGUGUCCCAGAACCUUGCCUUUAGGCAUCUCUGCUAACCUGGCGUGCUGGUAGUUAAACUGAGAGUAGCAUGGUCAUGUUCUGUCUGUUGAAUGUCCCUUUUGUGUUAUCCAAUCCCUGCCUCUCUCAUUUCGCUCGCUGUCCCUUCAUCUCUUUUUCUUUAUUUAUUUAUCAGUUCCCCCUAGCAUUACUCUAUCCUUAAGCCUCCAUUUCUUUCUUAAUAUUUAUUUUAUUUUUCCUAUAUUUCCUUUUAUUUCUCCCCUAAUGAUUAAAUGAAAGGGAAGAAUAGUGCUAACUUUCUGGUAUAACGAGUGGAGUUUAAUCAUUCUUUGGUCACUAUCCAGAUCAUCUUGAUGAAUACCAAGUGUUUGCCCUGUGGCCUAAAGCAAGUCAAAAGAGAGCGGGGAGUGUGAUCUCUCAAUUCACUCAGUGUACAAAAACAGUGGCUUUGCAAUCCUAACAACCAUGUGUUAAUCACUGAUUACACAAAUCAACUGCUUUAAUAAAGCUGUACAUUGGAAGUAUUGCAAGGUGGUAACAUGGGUACAAUAUAAAACGUUUCAAGUGAGAUGAUAUAGCAGACAUUGAUCUUUGGAAUUUUGUAUUUUAUUUCACAAGUCAAAAAACAAUGUUUCAUAUAAAUAUGAAGAAUCAUAUUAAAACCAAUUUUGUUCUUAGUAUACCUAACCUGUUGUAAACCAAUGUGAGAUCUUGUGGGGAACGUUUUUUUUGUUUUCUUUAUCGCAACUCCCGAUGACAUUGAGAAGCAGCAGUAGAACCCUUACCAUUACUAAAACUCAGUAAUGGUAACGGUUUGAUCGCCACCCUCUGGCUUCCCGUCUCCAGCAGAACCCGUCCAUGCGUGUACUACUGUAGCUAUGACAUUGAGAGGCGUCAAUGGAACCCUUACCAUUGCUAAAACUCAGUAAUGGUAACGGUUUGAUCGCCACCCUCUAGCUUUUCACCGUCAACAGUUUGUGUGUCCGCUGAUGAAUGAGACCCUGGAUAGUACAUCAUCUAUACUGUAGUGUCACCAUAAAGAACUUACAGUAUAUGAUGAUAUCCUGUCCAGGGCACAAGAACAACAAAGUCCCAUGGUCACUUUGCCUAAAUGAAAAGACCCGUUGGAAAAAGAGAAUGGAUACAACAUUAACUACUUGCACAAACAAACAUGUACAAAACAGGGUUAAGUCAACCGCCCCAGGUAUGAAUAUAAUAUGAACACUGUAUUUGAAAUUUUUCCCCAAUAAAACAUUUAUGAAUGAUCCGCA